AUGGCUACUGGCGAAUGUCCUAUUAAGAAGGCAAACGUUGGAGGUGGAGGAACCCGAAACAAUGACUGGUGGCCUGAUGAGUUGAAGCUCAACAUUCUCCGCCAGCACACAGCUGCUACCAACCCGUACAAGGAUUUCGACUAUGCAGCUGCCUUCAAGACCCUCGACUACAAUGGCUUGAAGAAGGACCUGACGGCAUUGAUGACCGACUCACAAGAGUGGUGGCCCGCUGACUUUGGCCACUACGGUGGUCUUUUCAUCCGAAUGGCAUGGCACAGCGCUGGCAAGUCAACUUUCCCGGGGUGGCAAUGGCUUGCCCGAAGCUCUAGAACAUUUCUACGAAAACACACUUCUUGUAUUGAAUCAUCACUAACUAUUGAUAUCUAUAGCUGGCCCGAUAACGUAUCUCUCGACAAGGCUCGCCGCCUGCUAUGGCCGAUCAAGCAGAAGUACGGCAACAAGAUUUCCUGGGCUGAUCUCUUACUCCUCACUGGCAAUGUUGCAAUCGAGUCUAUGGGCCUCCCCACCUUUGGAUUUGCUGGCGGCCGUGCCGAUCAGUGGGAAGCCGAAGAAUCUGUAUAUUGGGGUGGCGAGACAACAUGGCUGGGUAACGACGUUCGUUAUUCGGAGGGCAAUGAAGGUGUGAAGGGAUCUGGCGUAGUUGAUGGUGACCAGCACAAGAAAGACCACAGCGACAUCCAUUCACGCGAUUUGGAAGAGCCGCUGGCAGCUGCCCACAUGGGUCUGAUUUACGUGAACCCUGAGGGUCCUGAUGGAGUGCCUGAUCCUGUUGCUUCAGCUAGAGAUAUCCGCACCACUUUUGGACGCAUGGCCAUGAAUGACGAGGAAACCGUGGCGUUGAUUGCUGGCGGCCACUCAUUCGGUAAGACACACGGUGCAGGUCCUUCCGAAAAUGUAGGCAAGGAACCUCAAGCGGCUGGCCUCGAGAAACAGGGCCUCGGCUGGGAGAGCAAGUUCAAGUCUGGGAAAGGACCCGACACUAUUACUAGUGGUCUGGAAGUCAUCUGGACCAGUACACCUACGAAGUGGAGCAACAAGUAUCUCGAAUACCUCUACAAGUAUGAAUGGGAGUUGACCAAGAGUCCUGCUGGUGCAAAUCAAUGGACGGCCAAGGGUGCUGAUGCCAUCAUCCCCGAUGCCUUCGAUCCUAACAAGAAGCACUUGCCGACCAUGUUGACGAGCGAUCUUGCGCUGCGCUACGACCCAGCUUACGAGAAGGUCUCCCGUAACUUCCUCGAGAACCCAGAUAAGCUUGCGGACGCUUUCACCCGUGCUUGGUUCAAGCUGUUGCAUCGUGACAUGGGUCCACGAUCUCGCUGGCUCGGUCCGGAAAUCCCAUCUGAGGUACUAAUUUGGGAGGAUCCUGUUCCAGCUGCUAGUCACCCACUGAUCGAUGACAACGAUGUUGCUGCUCUCAAGAAAGAGAUCCUGGCAACUGGUGUUGCACCAACUAAAUUCAUCUCUACUGCCUGGGCGUCAGCUUCUACUUUCCGCGGGGGUGAUAAGCGUGGAGGCGCCAAUGGUGCUCGCAUCCGCCUUGCUCCCCAGAAAGACUGGAAGGUCAAUAACCCAAAGCAACUGAGCGAAGUGCUGAGCGCUCUGGAAGGUGUCCAGAAGAAGUUCCAGUCUGGUUCAAAGAAGGUUUCGCUGGCCGAUCUCAUCGUCCUAGCAGGAUCCGCCGCCUUGGAGAAGGCUUCGGGUGUUGCCGUCCCUUUCGCACCAGGCCGCACGGAUGCCACACAGGAGCAAACCGAUGCUGAGUCUUUCAAGCAUCUCGAGCCAUAUGCCGAUGGAUUCCGCAACUAUGGCAAGUCGACAUCACGCGUUCGCGCCGAACAAUUCCUCGUUGACCGUGCGCACCUACUUACACUUACUGCUCCUGAAUUGACGGUCCUGGUCGGCGGUCUGCGUGCUCUUAACGCCAACUACGAUGGAUCUUCCUAUGGAAUUCUCACCAAGCGUCCCGGUAAGCUCACCAACGACUUCUUCGUUAACCUAUUAGACCCAAAUACCGCAUGGAAGACAACCGACAACGAAACCUACGAGGGUACCGACCGCAAGACUGGUGAAAAGAAGUGGACCGCCACCCGCGCCGAUCUCGUGUUCGGCUCUCACGCCGAGUUGCGCGCUCUGUCUGAAGUUUACGGCAGCGCGGACGCACAGGAGAAGUUUGCGAAGGACUUUGUGGCUGCUUGGGACAAGGUCAUGAGCCUUGAUCGAUUUGAUUUAGCCUCCUCCUCGCCUCAGGGAAAAGCUCGUCUUUGA